UCAUCAUUAUGUUCUUAUCUCACUCAUGCGAUGGCGACUCUUGUUUCUUCUUCUUCCUCUUCCUUUUACAUUUCCUUAUUCUAUUUCUCAUUGUACCUGCAAUUGGCCUCUUCUACGUUGCAAGUAUCAGGUUACAUUUGGAGGUGAGGACAUACAUAUACAUAUAUUAUUAUUAUUAUUGUUACUAUUAUUAUUAGGUUAUAUGUAUAUAUGGCAAUGUGGGGUGGACACUCAAUGUUGUUAACCAAUGGGGAAGGCACAGGCACUCCCAAUGUACGUAUAAAAGCAGGCCUUACGGUUAGAGGUGAUUUAAGGUUUCACAGAACAGCAGGGUUUAAAUAUGGUCCUAGUGUGGUAGUGCUCAAAGUUUUUUCCACCGCCAAAAGGCCAACACGCUUGCGCUUGAUAAGACCUUAUUGCAGUUUGAGGGGACAACACAACCAAGGGAAAGGAUAUUCUUCUCUCACUUCUACACAAAAACCACGGCAACUGAUGUUGAAAUUCGAGGCAGAUCGAAUGCUUGUUUUUCUCAAAGAUUGGAGUAAUAUACGCAUCACGGCAGUAGCUGCCAUAUUGGUAUCCAUUUUAAUGAUCAUUCCACCAGCUGAUGCUGUUGAUGCUCUCAAAACUUGUGCUUGCUUGUUGAAGGAUUGCAGGAUAGAACUAGCUAAGUGUCUUUCAAACCCAUCUUGUGCGGCCAAUAUCGCUUGUCUUCAAACUUGCAACAAUAGACCUGAUGAAACCGAAUGCCAAAUUAAGUGUGGGGACCUGUUCGAAAAUAGUGUGGUUGAUGAAUUCAAUGAGUGUGCAGUCUCACGGAAGAAAUGUGUACCUAAGAAGUCUGAUGUGGGAGAAUUUCCUGCUCCAAAUCCUGAUGUCCUUGUUAAUAGCUUUAACAUUGCUGAUUUCAGUGGCAAGUGGUUCAUCACUAGUGGCUUGAAUCCUACCUUCGAUACCUUUGACUGCCAAUUACAUGAAUUUCACACAGAAUCCAACAAACUUGUGGGUAAUUUGUCAUGGAGAAUACGGACUCCAGAUGCUGGAUUUAUUACUAGGUCUGCUGAGCAGAGAUUUGUACAAGAUCCUUCCUAUCCUGGGAUCCUUUACAAUCAUGACAAUGAGUACCUUCACUAUCAAGAUGACUGGUAUAUUUUAUCAUCCAAGAUUGAGAAUAAGCCAGAUGACUACGUAUUUGUAUACUACCGAGGCAGAAAUGAUGCAUGGGAUGGUUAUGGAGGUGCUGUUAUAUACACAAGAAGUGCAGUUUUGCCUGAAUCUAUAGUUCCUGAACUUGAAAAAGCAGCUAAGAGUGUGGGAAGAGACUUUAGCACGUUCAUCAGGACAGAUAACACAUGCGGGCCAGAGCCUUCCCUGGUGGAAAGGCUGGAGAAAAAGGUAGAGGAAGGAGAAGAGACCAUUGUAAGGGAAGUUGAACAGUUAGAAGAAGAGGUGGAGAAGGUGGGGAAAACGGAGGCCACCUUGUUUCAGAAAUUGGCAGAAGGGUUCAAAGUAUUCCAAGAAGAUGAGGAGAAUUUCUUAAGAGGGUUAUCAAAAGAAGAAAUGGAGAUUCUUGAUGGGCUCAAAAUGGAAGCCGGUGAAGUAGAAAAGCUCUUUGGACGUGCCUUGCCGAUAAGGAAACUAAGAUAAGCCUGAGAACCAUGUCCAAGAUAACUUGACAUCAUAAUCUUUUUGAUCAUCUUAAAUUUAUCUUUGCUUUUAUUCAUUGACUAUAUAUAUUGCAUGGCUUUAGAAAUCUUUCCUCCCUAAUCAUUGCUUUUAUGCUGACAUACUAAUGAUUAUUCAAAUAUUACGUAACAGCUUUUAUCAAUUGUUGUAUAUAUAUUCAGAGUAUUGUAUUUGCAUAGGUUUAGAUGCCUGUGCUCUUUUUCAGUUGAAAAUAUUUGGAUUGGGAAUUCCGACAUGAGGAAUGCUGUA